CUGAAUGGAGCAGGUAAACAAACACCCCCUUCGACUUCAGUGGCAGAAGCGUUGAACUCGAAAAACAAUUCGGAAAUGGGGGCGACUAAAGGCGGUGAACUGGUUUACAUGAUCUACAAAGCUGUGACGCAUGGUCUAACACCGCUGAUAAAUCUUCAUAUCCGGUGGCGCAAGUUCCGAGGUCUGGAACAUCCUCUCCGGUGGCCGGAACGUCUCGGUCGACCGUCUAUCUCUCGGCCUCCUGGCCCUCUUAUCUGGUUCCACGCCGUUUCCUUAGGUGAAGGAAUGUGUGUGGUUCCUGUCAUUAAACGCUGUGUUGAACGAAGAUCGGAUGUAACUGUUUUGAUGACGACAACUACAACAUCUGCAUUUGAAGUACUAAAGACUUUGCUUCCCUGUGGUGUUAUAUAUCAGUUUGCUCCAGUUGAUACACCUGCUGCUGUAAAUGCUUUUCUAGGAUAUUGGAAGCCAUAUGCUCUUGUGCUAGUUGAGAGUGAACUAUGGCCAAAUCUUGUUCUUGGCGCCUCAGCAAAUGGUGUUAUGUUAGCCUUACUAAAUGCUCGGAUGUCAACAAAAUCCUUCAACAAUUGGUCAAGACCAGUAGUUCGUCUACUUACUUCAUUGAUGCUGUCCAAAUUUUCAUUGAUCGUUCCAUUGAGCAAUAUUCAGGCAAUUCAACUUCAGUUGCUGCAAGCGCCACCUUUUGUCAUUAACUUCUCUGGUGACUUAAAACUUGGAAUUGGAGAGUUGGUCAACAAAACUAAAAACAUGAGAAAUAUGGAAGAUCUACAGGGAAAAGUCGCAGGUAGAUGUGUUUGGAUGGCUUCAUCAAUACAUAGAGGUGAAGAAGAAGUGAUGCUACAUGUUCACAGAGGCUUAAUGCAGAAGCACCCAAAUAUACUCGCUAUCAUUGUUCCUCGCCAUCCACAUCUUGGGCAGAAGAUUGCUCUUGACUUGCAAAAAGAAGGGGUGAAUGUGGCGCUUCGAUCUCAUGGUGACUCACUUACAUCUGAAACAAGCAUAUACGUGGUGGACACGUUAGGUGAACUAAGGGAAUUUUAUGGAUUGACCCCUAUUGCUGUGAUUGGAGGUUCUUUCUUGCCUGGCUUUACUGGCCACAAUUUUUCUGAGGCUGCUGCUGCUGGCUGUGCUGUCUUGACUGGUCAACAUGUUGGUCACUUCUCACAUAUGGCCAUGGCAAUGCAGCAGUUGAAUCCUUUAUCAGUAACACAGGUAGGUGGAGGCAUGGAACUAGAAGAAAUUCUAGACAAACUCGUGAGUAAUCCGGAAAUUCUGGAAGCACGGCGCGUGGCUGCAAAACAGGCAUUUCAUGCUCUGUCAAGUGGGGUUGUUGAAAAUGCUUGGACCCUUUUGCAACUCCAUAUCUUCAGAAAAGCUCGGGCAGAAGGAGGUUGAACUGAGGUUGCACAAUUGCAUGCUACCGAUCGCAAUGACUUUGCUUGGAAUGUUACAACAUCCACAUAUAUGUAUGUCAUCUGAAGAAACCAACAAACACCCUCAGAAAAGAAUUCAUCACAAGGUAUGAAUCCAGGCCUUCAUGAGCCAAGUUGGUAUAAAUCUCUGGUUAUAAAGAGUUAUACUUGAUCUUGGCGGAAUUGAUCUGGCAGAAUAUGUCCAAACCCUAUCAAACAAGCAUUGCUUGAAUUUCAAUGCUAGUUGAUAACAGCGGGUGUCCGAAACAAUUUGUAUUGUACGUUGACUAAUCUUGUGAAGAUAACAACGUUGAAAAUUCCCAGUUGUCCUGGAGCCUCUUGAACUCGUAACGUAUAGGGAGGAAGAACGCGGUGGACUUGAGGAGAUUCAAACCGACAACUUAUGGAAAAGAAUCCCUGAUGGACCUGAGGAUAUUCUUAGUGAUCAACUUUCUAACGGUUUAUAGAGAUUUUAAGUAUGGUUUUUGUCGGUGUUCUCUGUUUUUUCCAUGGAUAUGUCAUAUGUGUACUAGAUCACAAUAUUCUUUGUGUGCAUGAGUGUCUUAUUUGUUUG